AUGUCCUUCUGGGGGGGGGUGCUGACCCUCGGCGGGGAUCGUCUCCGUUAUCGAUCCCAGGCGGGCCGUCUCCACUUGGCUCUGGCGGUGCCGCUCUGUCCCUUAUACCUUCAGCAGCAGCAGCAGCAGCAGCAGCAGCAGCAAAAGAAACAGCAGCAGCAGCAGCAGCAGCAGCAGCAGCAGCAGCAGCAAGCCCCUAUGUGGGUGCUGAUGAUGCAGACAGCAGCAGGCCUCAAGGCCCCCAUCGCCAAAAUAAAAGAAUUUAGACAGCCCCUCAAACUACUCAUCUCGGAGGACGCGGAGUUUUGGGUGGAGUCAGCAGCAGGCAGCAGCAGCAGCAGCAACAGCAGCAGCAGCAGCAGCAGCUGGGCCGUGCAGCUGGCGGGCACCCUUGUGCCUUUUGAGAGUCCCUGCAGCUGCUGCAGCCACGAAUGCAGCAGCAGCAGCAGCAGCAGCAGCAACAGCAGCAGCAGCAGCAGCAGCAGCAGCAGCAAGAAGAGAAAGGUAGUUUCAGACCCCGACGAGGCCCCUGAGCUUGUGGACGCUGAGGUGUAUAGGCAGCAAAAGCAGCUCAAACAGCAGCAGCAGCAGCAGCAGCAGCAGCAGCAGCAGCAGCAGCAGAAGCAGCAGCAGCAGCAGCAGCAGCAGCAGAAGGAUUCAGUAUUAAAUAUAAAUUUAUCUAGAGAGACAGAAAACACGCCUUCUCUCUUUGAGCAGCUGACGGGAAAGAAGCAGCACCAACCGCAGCAGCGGCCCCCCCCCCUCUCCCUGGCCUCCCUCGCCCCCCAGCAGCAGCAGCAGCAGCAGCAGCAGCAGCAGCAGCAGCAGAAGCAGAAGCAGAAGCAGCAGCAACAGCAGAAGCAGCAGAACCAGAACCAGAACCAGAACCAGAAGAAGAAGCAGAAGCAGCAGCAGCAGCAGCAGCAACAGCAAAAGCAAGAGCAACCGCAGCAGAAACAGCAGCAGCAGCAGCAGCAGCAACAGCAGCAACAGCAGCAGCAGCAGCAGCAGCAGCAGCAGCGGGGUUUGUAUGGGGGUUCGCUAGUAUGGAGCUGCCCGGUGGGGAGCCUGCUGCAGCAGCUCGUCAAUCAAAUGCUGCUGCUGCAGCUGCAGCAGCAGCUGCUGCUGCAGCACCAGUACCAGCAGCAGCAGCAGCACGAGGAUCAACAGCAGCAGCAGCAACACGAGCAUCAACAGCAGCAGCAGCAAGAGCAGCAGCAGCAGCAGCAGCAGCAGCAAAACCCUCAGUUAUGUUUGUGCCGCCUGCGCCUCUAG